AUUGGACCUAAAGGGGGCCGGUUGUGGGUAGUGGGCAACCACUUUCUUCCAAACAAAGAGUAGGUAGCGGAGGAGAAAUAAGAUUAGAGAGCGGCCGGAGAAAUGGGGGCUCCAUCCGCCGCCGCAAUGCAUGUGAAAUCGGAGUCGGAGGUGACGAGCGUGGACGCCUACUCGCCGCCGCGAUCCCCCAGGCGAACGCUGUACUACGUUCAAAGCCCAUCUCAUGACCCGGAGAAAAUGUCGUGCGGGUCCAGCCCCUGCGGGUCCCCGACCCGUCAGUUCCAGUACCACUGUUCCCCCAUCCACCACUCCAGGGAAUCCUCCACUUCCAGAUUCUCUGCCUACCUCAACCACAAGACCGCCGGCAGGAAUGUGAAUCCGCCGCAGCCGUGGAGACGCCUGUCGCCGCCCUCAGAUCCCGACGACGGGGGCCGGCUCCGCUCCCCCGUCAAGUUCUACUUCCUCUGCUUUCUCUUCUCAUUCCUCGUCCUCUUCUCGAUUUUCUCCAUCAUUCUCUGGGCCGCCAGCACACCUUACAAGCCCAAUGUGUUCGUCAAGAGCAUAAGAAUAGAGGAGUUUAAAGUUCAAGCGGGAAUGGACGGGAGCGGGGUGCAAACGGAGAUGGUGAGUUUGAAUUCAACGGUGAAGAUGUUAUAUGGCAAUCCGGCCACCUUCUUCGGCGUCCACGUCACCUCCACCCCUUUCCAGCUUUCCUACUACACCCUUAACAUCGCCACCGGUCAUAUGAAGAAGUUUUAUAUGGCGAGGAAGAGUAAGCGGGUAAUGGUGACGGUGGUUGAGGGGCACCAGAUUCCUGUUUAUGGGGCGGUGCCAAUCCUUGACGGCGGCGGCACGGUGUCUUUGCCCCUCAAUCUCACAUUCGUCGUGCGCUCACGGGCCUACAUUCUGGGCCGGCUGGUCAAGUCCAAAUUCUACACCCACAUUUUAUGCCAAGUUGCUCUCAGCGGGAAUCAUGUUGGCAAGCCCAUUAACCUCGCUACUCCCGGAUCUUGUACUUAUUAUCAUUGAAUCAAUUAUUAUUACUCUACGGACUAAUAUUCUAUUUUGGCCUACUAAAUUUAUUCUGUUUAU